GAUCAUUCCAUGACGUCUAUGUUCAUCUCCCGAAGCAAAUAAGAAGGAUACGCGCGCAUCCUGAUACCGAUACCAAAAUUCCACUAAUCCAGAAUGUAUAGCAACUGUACUAGCCUGAAUCGGUGGGAGCAACUGCUCCUAUAUUUACCCUCCUCCUCUACCAUCAGUGUACCCGAAGUCAAAGGAGCCCGUCGUGGACGAGGUCGUGAUAUCGAUGGGGUUGUGGGCCCAAAUGUUUCAUCCCAAAACCAUUACGCUACUUUCCAAAUUAGGGUCGUUCCGGUCGACGUCCACCACGACGAGCAAUACCUUGUCCACGGCGUUCCCAACGACGACGACAGCCCUAUCAUCAACACGGUCUCUGUUGACGGCCACACUUUCCUUGCUACAGGCUCGUCCAUUAUGUCUUCUUCAGCUAUUGCAUUUCCUUCUACCGAUUCCGCCUCUCACAUUCCGCCCGCACCCAUACCUCGCCCUCCGCAUCUCCCAUUUAGACGGAUUUCGCUCCCUAGCGCACCCAACAUAGCGCUUAACAGGCACUCGGUCGUGAGCCUUGCCUCCUUUGACUCGCUCCUCGAAGAGGGCAGUCAUACUUCCUCUAACCUUUCGCCUGCUCUGGCACCAACUGCCAUCUUGCGUAACGCUCAGAAACAUAAAAGUCAUCUACCGCCUGUAGAUCACGCGCGUAGAAACCGUAGAAGAACAGGCGUACAUAUUGAUGAGAUGAGACUUGCAAAACGACGGAGAGUCAUUCAUGAAUUUUAUGAUACCGAGAGGACCUACGCCGAUGGGUUGGAUCUUAUUUAUUCACAUUUCCUGACCCCAAUCAUCGAAUCCCUUGAUACGGCGCACCCUUUACUUUCACGCGUGGAGCUCACAGCAGUGUUCUCAAAUUUUAUCGAUAUCUGGAACUUUCACCGCUCGUUUCUUACUUCUCUCACCGCAUUUAUUUCCCCUUCUUUAACGACUUUGUCUUCCCCUUUGCCUUCUUCACCCGCAAAUCCUGUGGAAAUUCCACCCCUGUCCCCCCUUCUCCUCGCUCAUUUCCCUUACCUCUCUCUAUACACCCCAUUUAUCACGUCAUUUUCUACAACUAUAUCCACUUUAACAACACUUUCAACUGUCACCUCUCCACCCACCGCUUUCGCGACUUUUCUCGCGAAACAAGAGUUGCAUCCUCGUUGUGCAAACUUUCAUCUUCGCGACUGGCUUCUCACAAUCGUUCAACGUUGUCCGCGGUACCUCCUCCUCCUAAAAGACCUCAUAAAUUGUACCGACCCUGACGAUCCAGAAUAUAGGCGGCUUGAGGAAGUACACAGGCUUGUGAGUAAAAUCACAACAUCCCUUAAUACAUCUCUGUCCACUCAUUCCCAAACUCUACAAUUACUUGCCAUCCAGCGGUCUGCUACAAAUCUCCCAUUUCCACUAGUAGCUCCAGGCCGUACGUUCGUCAAGCGGGGGGCGUUGCUUCAGAUUGAAUCUAAGCCAGCAAGUUGGUGGAGCGACGUGAGGGGAUCUGUGACAUCCCUUCAACGCGAGUUCUUACUUUUUUCAGACUAUCUAAUAUGGCUGGAAGGUGGAGAGAGGGAAUCGAUGUGGGAUGAGGAUGGUAGGAUAGGAAGGAAUAAGUCAAAGGGUUCUGGCUCAAGGGACCCAGAUGAGCAGCAAAAUGGUGGUAGAGGCUCCAGUUCAAUCCCAAACGAUAACAUUCUUGUAAAGAAGCAGACGGGAACUAUGAUGGAACGCAGCAGGAGUAAAAGUGAAGCCGAACUAGAAAUGUUAAAGGCACAUGUUGCUGCGCACGAGAAGGUCACCGGCCCUAAUCUGGAGCCUGUGGGCGCGAGUUUAUCCCCUCCUAUACAUUUUACACCAUCUGCCCCCCACGUUGCAAAUGGCCCGGUCACCGUUGUUCCUUCCCCCCGGAAGAAGAAAUCACAAACACCUAGUCAGGCCCAAAGCAAUUCUAAUACGGGAGACAAAUGGGUUUGUAAGGGAAAUUUGAGCCUAGUGGACGUAGAGAUUGUUGUGGGUUCUUCAUCAGGAAGAGAAUGGGGUGAGGAGCGCCGCUUUGAAAUCCUGAGCCCUGAAGGAUCAUUCACUGUGUACGCUGAAUCCACGUCUGCUCGAGAUGCUUGGACGGAUGCCAUCCGCGACACCAAAGCAUCUCUACUUAUAUCUCUCAAUGCGAUACACCCUAACUCGACACUUACCUCAUCCGCCAGUACAACGCAUCUCAGGAGAAGUCUACAAGCUCUGCCACAUUCACCUCGAACUGUGGAUGAAUCUAGUCGUGGAGGAUAUUUUGCACCGCACUUGUUGCGAUCGGACCCAGCACACGGAAAGAGGACUGUUAGACACCAUGUUGAGCAUUAUGUUCCGCCUGUCUGGAUUCCUGAUGCCAAAAUAUCGAGCUGUAUGCGAUGUGGUCAGGCAUUUGGAUGGAGAAGGAGGCGACAUCACUGUCGACUAUGUGGAAGAUGCGUCUGUGCAGGAUGUUCAGAAAAGACGUUUUUUAUAGCAGACCCCACGUCUCCCACAUCUUCGAAUUCGGGGAAACCAGCCCGCGCUUGCGAUGAGUGUUACGAAACAGUAUUUCCGCCCCUUUCGGAACCAGUUACCUUGUCCGAAGGCGUCUCUGAAAGCGAGGCGUCCUCACCUUUCCCCCGAUUGACCUCACCUCCCACACCAUCACCCGCAGCUGUCUCACCCACACUUGCAUCCUUCCCUACAUGGUUGUCUAUACCUUCUCGUUCAAAUUUCGCACCGGAGCCAGAGGCACUCAUGGCAAUCGAGGAAUACUCUGCAUCAGGCAGGAACAUUUCGAGCGGCAGUCCGUCAAAGCAGGAGUUAUGCAUGUUGAGGGGAAGUCCGUCUAGACGUGAUAUUUACACUGAAUCAUAUUAUGGGAACAGGGCUUCACCUCGG